UAAUGAAUCACACUGUUUGCUGCACAGAGAACUAGGAUUAAUUGUAAUGGGGUGCAUGUGACAAUUUUCUCUUCCAAGCCGCUCAGUAAUGUACCUGUGCUCUUGUAUGCUGUACACAGGCAGUGAAUAGACACUUUGCCUUGCGAAAUGCUUUGAUGAGCACUCUGAGGAGUGGCUACUCCCCUUGCUGGCUGAGUGACAGUCCCUGCAGUAUAAAAAGGCCCCUUGGGGCAGACUGCCCUGGGUGUAGCUGAUAAAGCACCAGAAAGAGGGCUUGUUCUGCAACUAGGAAACCUGGUUGUGGCCACCAACAGGUCUAAGCUACGCAAAAUGCGUGAAAUUGUGCACCUUCAGAUUGGCCAGUGUGGGAACCAAAUCGGAGCUAAGUUCUGGGAGGUGAUAAGUGAUGAACAUGGAAUUGACAUCGCUGGAAACUACCAUGGGAAUGCGUCACUGCAGCUUGAGCGAAUUAACGUGUACUUCAAUGAGGCUUACUCCCAUAAAUACGUGCCCCGUUCUAUCUUGGUGGACCUGGAACCUGGUACGAUGGACAGUGUACGGUCUAGCAAAAUAGGCCCACUCUUUCGACCUGACAAUUUUAUUCAUGGUAAUUCAGGUGCUGGAAACAACUGGGCUAAGGGCCAUUACACAGAAGGUGCUGAACUGAUUGAAAACGUCAUGGAUGUGGUCAGGAACGAGUGUGAGAGCUGUGACUGCCUUCAGGGAUUCCAGCUCAUCCAUUCGCUUGGUGGUGGCACAGGCUCAGGUAUGGGCACGCUCCUCAUCAACAAGAUCAGAGAAGAAUAUCCCGACAGGAUUAUGAACACUUUCAGUGUUGUGCCUUCACCCAAAGUAUCCGACACGGUCGUAGAGCCGUAUAAUGCCAUCCUCUCCAUCCAUCAGCUAAUAGAGAAUACAGAUGAAACCUUUUGCAUUGACAAUGAAGCUCUGUAUGAUAUAUGUUUUAGAACUUUAAAGCUCACCAAUCCCACCUAUGGUGACCUCAACCACUUAGUGUCCCUAACGAUGAGCGGUGUCACGACCUCGCUCCGUUUUCCUGGUCAGCUGAAUGCAGAUCUGAGGAAGCUGGCUGUUAACAUGGUGCCCUUUCCUCGCCUGCAUUUCUUUAUGCCAGGCUUUGCUCCACUGACAGCUCGAGGUAGCCAACAGUACAGAGCCCUCUCAGUGCCAGAGCUUACUCAACAAAUGUUUGAUGCACGCAACAUGAUGGCAGCCUGCGACCCUCGUCGUGGACGUUACUUGACCGUGGCAUGCAUCUUCAGGGGCCGAAUGUCUACCAGAGAAGUGGAUGAGCAGUUGCUGGCUGUCCAGACCAAGAAUAGUUCCUACUUUGUGGAGUGGAUCCCUAAUAACGUCAAAGUGGCUGUGUGUGACAUACCACCACGAGGCUUGAAGAUGGCAGCUACCUUUAUUGGCAAUAACACAGCCAUUCAGGAGCUCUUCAUCAGGGUUUCUGAACAGUUCUCAGCUAUGUUCAGAAGAAAAGCGUUUCUCCAUUGGUAUACAGGGGAAGGGAUGGAUGAGAUGGAGUUUUCUGAAGCAGAAGGUAACACCAAUGACCUCGUGUCCGAGUACCAGCAGUACCAGGAUGCCACUGCAGAUGUUGAGGAAUAUGAAGAGGUGGAAGUGGAAGCCAGCUCAGAAAAGGAAGCACUAUAAAACCCAUGGUAAUAGCAAAACAUGCCCCUAAUAAGCCUGUUGACACUCACUAAAGAAAAAACAGUAGCCAUCAUCUGCACACCAAAAAUACACCUUUCUUCAGAAUUGUUUCUUUGCAUCUGACCAAAAUAUAGCCAAUAUUAAUUUCAAAAGCAUUGUCUUGUAAUGGCAGCUAUGCUUUACUCUCCUGAACAACCGUUGCCACCAAUUCUCUCCCAAAAAAGAGCCACUACGAAGACAUAAGUCUCAUAACAGCCUUUCUUGUAAAUGUAUUCACUUUUAGACUCACCAGAUACUGAAUGUAACAUACAGCCUCUGUGGUUGUGCGUAUCUAUCAGGAUCCUAAGCAACAGCAAAAUAUGCUAUCAACUCAUCAAAUGUAUUUAUUCUUAGGUGAACACAGGCUGUGUUGUGUUUGUGAGCUUGUUACUGUUCCAGGAGCACAGACACACCUGUAAGGCCAGCACCUAUUUUAUUACACACUCCACAGACUGAGGGAAAUCUCCAGACAAGUUCAGUUCCUUAAGUUACAGGGGGAGGGGAAAACAACAUGCAGCAAAAGACUGAAUAUGCACAUUCUUACUUUUUCUGGAAGUACUUUAAUAGUCUAACACAUUGCUGUCUUAGAUUAUUGCAGAGCUUGCAUUCAUUAUCAUUGUGUGGUUUGUUUUUAUUUCAAACUAUAGAUUGAGUUAUAUUAGCAUACAAAGUUGUGAACACUGUGUAAAAGCUUUGGUGUGAUAUUUUUUCCCCAUGUAUUAACUACUGUAAUUUUUUUCCUAUCGUUAAUUACAGCAAAAUGGAUAGAAUGGUUUGCAGCUAGUUAGAUCUAAGUUCAACAGCAAUCACUAAAUCAAAAACAUAUCCUGACUUCCAGGAAAAACCUUUCUUGCCAGUCACAGCCAUCUACUUAACACUGUAUUUAUAAUAUUCUUUAAAUAAAAAUUAUAUAGCCUUCUA